AAGAAACAUAACCUGGAAAAUUUCUAUCAAAAGUUGAAAGGAAAACGAUACAACAAAAUUUAGAACGAAAAAAUUAAGGAAAUUGAGAAAAACAAUUUUUUAGAUUGCAGUGAAUUGACCAAAGAAAUAGGGGAAACAGGGAUGAUUAGAAGUUAAAUCCAUUUUAAUAAGAAUUUAAUAAAUAAAAGUAAAUAAAAUAAGGAUGUCAAUAAGAAUCACUUCAUCCUGCCACAAAGAAUGGCAAAGACGUGUCAAAAAGCUUCGUCGUAAGAGAAUCCGGCAGCAGGUAGCCCGCAAAAGGGACGAAGAGGAAGCUGCGGAGGAGGAGAAGAAGCUCAAAGAUCCAACGUACCUCACGUGGUUGGCUGAACAGAGAGCUCUGGAGUUGUUUCAGGAGGAGGAAGAUGAGCUUCGUCACAAGGCAGAUCACCAGAUGUGGCUGGACCGGGAAAAAGAGGCUCAACAGCAUUUCCGUGAGCAGCAGGAAACACUCGAGAAGUUUCAAGCAGAACGCAUGAGGAAGAACAUUCUCAUCCGGCAGGAAUACAAAGCAGAACAGGAACGACGGAAACGGCUGCGAGAGGAGCAAAAGCGCAUUGAAGAGGAACGUCGACGAAUGUAUGAAGUUCUCAUGGAGCAGAUUGAGCUGUACAUCGGUGGGAAUGGGGAUCUACCCGCGGAAUUGCUUGAGACGGCAAAUACAAAUCCCGAACGCCCGGAAUGUCCGUUCUUCACUAAAACCGGCGCAUGUCGCUUUGGAGAUCAGUGCAGUCGUAAUCAUUCACGUCCCAACAUCAGUUGCAUCAUCAUCAUUCCCAACUUCUACACCCACAUCCUGUUGGAGCAGUACCGGAGAACGGAGUACGGUGGGGAUUCUGCCUUGGAGUAUGAUGAAAGGGAAAUGGAAGAGGAUUUUUUGGAGUUCUACGAAGACGUCCUUCCGGAAUUUGAACUCUUCGGGACGAUUGAGAACUUCUUCGUUUGCCGAAAUAGGGAGCCUCAUCUCAGAGGGAAUGUCUACGUUGAGUACAAAAGCAAAAGGGACGCCAUAAAGGCUUACAGAAAGUUCCAGGGCAGGUACUACGGUGGGAAGCAACUCAAUGUUGGAUUUCGCAACAUAGAAUCCUGGUCCACGGCUAUUUGUGGUUUAUCAUUUGUGAGAAAAUGUCCAAAGGGUAGCCGUUGCAGCUUUCUCCAUAUUUUCCGUAAUCCCGACGCUAAGUAUGUCUACUCCUGGAGAAGGGAUCGUUCACAGAGACUCACCAAUGCCUGCGAAGAGCAGCAAAGUAAGAGGAGUAGCCCAAGACUAUCCUGGAAUGACGACGAAAGCAGCAAAAAGGCUAACUGGCGUUGGUCAGAAAGUUCUGGUAGCAGUGAUGCUUCAGACGCAGAAGAGAAGAAAUCCAAAAAAUCCCAAAAGACUAAACCGUUAACAAAGAGCUCAGACUCAAAGAAGAAAGACGAGAAAACUUCAAAGUCUCAGAAGACAGCUAGAAGGAAGACGUCAAAGAGCAGAUCUGCUGAUUUGAAGGAUCGAAAGAAGAGAAGCAGAAGUCGAUCGCGUAGAAGCAAGUAAAAAUUGUUAAUCCUGUCUUCUGUAGUCGUGGAUCAGUAAACAAGUCUGUCAAAGAGUAGCAGGCUGAUGAAGAAGUCUUCUAACUACAUCAUGUAUUAUUUCGACAAAAAAUACAUCCUUAAUACAAA